GCUCGGCGAGCGGGACGAGGCGCCGUCGGGCUGCGGGACUCGCGUGCCGCCCGCACCAUGAGACCCGAGGCGGCGGCCGGAGCCCGGGAGGCGCUGGGAAGCUUCUGCCACUGUCCCAGGGAUGAUCUAGGGAGACCACCGCUGCCGCGCGGGCCCGAAAGUUCUGUUACAGCUCUGUGGAGACCGUGGGUGCCGCCUCCUGGAGACGCGGAGAUGACCAGAACUGUAAGCCGGUGUGAGCCUUGGGGGAGCCAGCAAACUUCAGGAUCAAAGGGAGCCUUUGGGUUCCAGCACCCAGUCAGGCUUUACUUACCCCUUUCAAAGCGACAAGAAUACCUGCAGAGCUCUGGGGAAAAAGUGCUGGCCAGCUUCCCAGUGCAAGCCACCAUUCAUUUCUACAACGAUGAAUCCGAGUCAGACUCCGAGGAGGAGCGAGAAGAGGAGGCACAGCCCAAGUGUCUACAGAGCCAGGAGGCAGCCAGACAGGGCAGUGCCCAGGAGGAAAGGGCAGAGUAGGGCUGGCAGGCCUAUAGGAAGGAAGGAGGGAUGGUGUCCGGGGCAAGGGUCAGCUGUUGGCAGGGGGCAGUGAGUGCUCCAGCAAGUGAAGUGAGUCUGGGGGCAGCCUUGCCAGGACGCAGGUCGAGUAUGUGCAUGUAUGUGAUUCUCUGUGUGUGUGUGCGCGCGCGUGCGUGCAUGCGUAGGUGUGUGUGUGUGUGUUUGUGUGU